CCUCUCUCCAGCUGUAAAGAUGAAGAUUGAGAACAGCCUGCCCCGCCCCCAGCUCCCCGAGACCCCUCCCCAGACAGGCCUCCAGUUCACCGUGGCGACAGAGGAGGACUUUGAAGAGAUCAUGGCGAUGAGCCAGGACAUCUACGGAGGGCUGGACUACCUGCCGACCCGCUACACCGCCUGGCUCUCCGAGUCCAACCGCACCGUCAUACUGGCCCGCAAGCAGGGCAAAGUGGUGAGAAAAGGUUAUAAAGUGUGUCAUAAGCAUGUUAUAGUAUGUUUAUAAAGAUGUUAUUAAGGUGCUGUAAGCGUGUUAGGAAUGCUUCCAGGCUUGGCAACAGGAGACCAACUGCACUGUCGAACUGGAGUGCAAACAGGGCAAAGUGGUGAGAACAGGCUAUAAAGGGUGUUAUAAGCUGUCAUAAGGGUACUAUAAACAUGUUAUAGCGUGUUUUAAGGGGGUUAUUAAGCUGUUAUAAGGGCUGUAUUAGGAACUACCAGUACCUGCCCACGCGCUACACCGCCUGGCUGUCUGAGACCAACCACGCUGUCACACUGAUGCUUUGCAAACAAGCAGAGCAAAGUGGUGUGAGAAGGAGUUACAAUGGUCUUACAAGGGUGAUACCAAAUAAAUAGAAUCCAUGUUAGAGUCCUAAAGGAACACUGGAGAUGAGGAGUGGCCUACUUUGGAACCAUUGAGAGUUAUAUAACCUAGAAAUAACCAUGAGAAAAUAACAAGAAUAUUACUGAUAAUGUUCACACAAAAUGUAUCUCUUCAACUAUUCAUAAUCUCCCUCCAUCUUUAUCUCCCCCUCUCCUUUCUUCCCCAUCCCCUUCUCCUUUAUCCCUUCGUUCCUCCCCUCUCCCCCCACCAGAUUGCCCUGGAGUCGGUGUGUGUGAUAGAUGACGGUGACACCAUGCUGGUGGAGGGGUUACGUGUGGCCCCCCAGGAGAGGGGGAAGGGCGUGGCAGGGGUGCUUCUGCGGUUCUGCUCUCAGCUGGUCAAGUCCAAGUGGCCUGAGGUGAAGGUGACCAGGCUGACCCGCGACGACCAGCUGGGGCCCAAGGACUUUCAGAAGUACCGCCUCAUCACCAAACAGGUAGGUAUUGGUUAAUUUGUUAAUUGGUUGCGUGCUUGCUUGGUUAAUUGAUUGAUUAGUACCGUAAGUCCGUAAGUCUUCCAAGUUUCCAACAUUGUCCAAGUUAUUUCUAGUCAUCAUAUUUAUGACUAGAAACCAUUAUAACUCUAGUCCACUUGUGUCAGGAAAGCAUGUUUUUACCAAAAUUACAGAUUUCCCUUUUCACAAUGCUUCAGUGUGUGCUAAAUUCAAUUCGCAGUCUAUUAACCAACCAUACAACCUUCUCUUUACCCUACGUCCUUUCACCACCGGCUCGCUCCCAAAGGGCAUCCUGCUAGUUCGCUUCAAUGCCGAAGACCUCAAGCUCCGGCUCUCCGAACUGGGGCUGCAUGUGACCCUACCCCCCUCCUCUGAGGGUACCCCCCAGGGUUCUGACACCUCCCUGGUUCCCCCGGUCCUUCUGGACCUCAACGAGGCCCACCAGAUGUUCCUCAACUCUGGCCUGAUGUCCGACGUACUCCCUAACGCUACCAUCGUCCAGGACUGGCAGCCGUUCAAGCCCCUGCCCAGCAACAUGGACAUUCUUCUGAAGAAGGUAAAAUAUGAUAUCAUAAUGAGGACCUCAACGGAAAUAAGUCGGUUGACUUUAUCAUGUUUAGGGUUGCAAAAUUCCUGUAACUUUCCCAACAUUCCCAGGUUUCCCAGAAAUCACGGUUGGAAGACUCCUGGAAUCAGGAGAAAAUAAGCAUCCGUAAUCCACCCAAACAGGAUUUCUGGAAAACUUGGGGAUUUUGGGAAUGUUACACUAAUUUUGCAACCCAAAUUGUUUUUUAAAUCCUUGAUAAUUUUAAAUGUAUUGCUCUACUCCCAUGGCUGAAGCAACUUGAUACGUAUUUCACAUUUCUCAAAUAAAAUGAAUGAAUUCACUCAUUCAAGGACAUCGACUGGAUGGUGGACGACCGUGACGCCCCAGCCGUGGCCAGCCUCUGCACCCACCCCUUCCGGGUGCCCGGAGGUCCUUACCGAGUUGGUGACGACACAUACUACCUCAACAUCGACGUGUUCGGCAAGGACAUAGGCCUGGUGCUCCAGCAGUUCCUGAGUCACCUCCGGCGCCACACAGCCACCCUGAAGGGGCACGUCAUGUGCCAGAUGUUUCUGGAUCCUCCCAUGUGGAAACCCAUGGCCGAAUUCUGUCGCCAGACAUUGAAGGUGGAGCUGGUGAAGGAAUAUACAGAGCAGUGCGUGGUCGAGUCAGAUGUCAUG